AUGGAUUAGGACCAAGAGAUAAAAAGGAAGAUAAGAUCACAUUCAGUCGAAAGAGAGAAAACGGAGAGUCAGUCCCAAUUUACAGAUGAAAUAGAGGAUGAUAAAAUAGUCACCAUUGGUGUUUGCUGCAUGGCUAAGAAGUCUUAAUCCAAGGAAAUGCAAGAAAUACUUAAUCGUAUAAACCCAGAGUUUUUUAAAAUUGAGAUAUUUUCAGAAUAAAUGAUACUUGAAGAUCCUAUCGAAUCAUGGCCAAUUGUUGAAACUCUUAUCAGUUUUUAUUCUGACGGGUUCCCUUUGAAUAAGGCCAUUGCCUAUGUUGAUUUGAGGAAGCCAUUCAUAAUAAAUGACCUAAAGAAAUAGCAACUUCUGUGGGAUAGGGAAAGAGUCUAUACCUUACUAAAGAAAAAUAAAGUGCCAGUGCCUAAACAUUACUUUGUGUUUAAAAACCCGAAUAAAUAUAUCAUAGACGACUAUAAUCGGAAGGAAAUUGAAAAGAAGUAUAAACCAAGGAAAACUGAAUAGGAAAUAAUUGAGGAAGAAGACAACGUUGAUAGUGUUAUAAGUUUUUUAUAGAAUGAGGAUUCAUCCCAACAUAUCAAAUCAGUUUAGACAGCAAAAUAAUUACAGGAAUUGCUAUUGCCUCCCAGGUAAGACACAAUGGAAGAAAAAAAUAAAAAUAAAAUGAAAUAAGGAAUGAGAUCUUAUGAUGCUAGAUCAUUAUCAGCUGUAAUAGAUAUUAAGAAGGAUCCUAAAGAACUUUAGAUCACUAAGAUUGAAGAAUGUGAUGAUUAUUUAUUAAUAAAUGGGUAGAAAUUAGUUAAACCAUUUGUUGAAAAGCCCUUUGAUGCCGAAGAUCAUAACAUCUACAUUUAUUACAACUCAAGAGAUGGAGGUGGAUGUAAGAAACUAUUUAGAAAGGUUGGAAAUCAGAGUAGUAUAUUUGAUCCAACUUAGAACAGUAUUAGGAAUGAUAAUGAAAACUAUAUUUAUGAAGUAUUCUUGCCUACAAAUGGAUUUGAUAUUAAAGUCUAUACUGUAGGAGAGUUUUAUGCACAUGCUGAAGCCAGAAAAAGUCCAGUAUUGGAUGGUAAGGUUGUUAGAUCAUAGAAUGGAAAGGAAAUGAGAUACCCUGUUUGUUUGACAAUGGAAGAGAAGAUGAUGGCCAUAAAGAUUGUGAAUAUAUUUGGUUAAAAUAUUUGCGGAUUCGAUUUGUUGAGAAGUAAUAACAAAUCGUAUGUUUGCGAUGUUAAUGGUUGGUCUUUUGUUAAAGGAAAUGCCAAGUAUUAUCAAGAUUGUGCCACUAUUUUGUAGAAUAUGAUUUUGGCUAAAUUAAGACCAACUUUAUUAUAGAAACAAAUUUCUGAUAUCAAUUUAGUUAAGGGAUUCUACAAGAACUCUUUUAGACCCAGUUCAAAAGAUUUAGACGGAAAAGAAUAGAAUUCUGAAUUGAGAUCUGUAGUGGCAGUAUUUAGACAUGGAGAUAGAACACCUAAGUAAAAAAUGAAGAUGAGAUCUGCUAAUGAAUUGUUUCUCUCAUUCUUUGAUGAGGUUGCUGAUCCAUCUAAAGAAAUUAAAUUGAAGCAUCCAAAAUAACUAUUAAAAUUACUCAAUUUAACUAGAGAAUGUAUUGCCAAGACUUCUUGUCAGGAUGAUAAUAUCAUUAAAUUACUCUAAAUGAAGUCAGUUCUUGAAUUAGGAGGGCAUUUCGAAGGUAUUAAUAGGAAGGUCUAGAUCAAACCAUUAAAAACAUAAAAAAUAGAGAAAAAUGGUUCGAUCAUUGAAUUCCCAGUUGAAGUCUUGUUAAUCUUGAAAUGGGGUGGGGAAUUGACCUAAUUAGGUGAAGAACAUGCCGUUAGAUUAGGUCAAGUAUUUAGACACGAUAUGUAUCCGACAGAGAAGGAUGGAUUACUUAGAUUACAUUCCACAUAUAGACAUGACUUAAAGACAUUCACAUCAGAUGAAGGCAGAUGCCAAUAUACUGCGGCAGCCUUUUUAAAAGGAUUAUUAGGUUAUGAAGGAGAGGUGACUCCUAUCUUAGCCACAAUGGUGUAAAAGAAUGAAGUCGCCCAAGAAUUAUUGGAUUGCAAUAAUCUAGAAAUCGAGGAGGAAGUAGAAAUAAAAACAAUACUCCAAAAAAUGUUAACUAAUGAUGAGGAUAUGUUGACGUAGAUUUACUAGUACUUUCCUAAUUUUAAUAUGACUCAAACUCAACACGAUUUAAUUAGCAAAUUUAAAUGUCCAAAGUCUAUGCUUAUUUAAUUACACACCUACAUUAAUUAAUUAACCAAAAAUAUAAGACUUCACAUCCACUUGGAAAAGAAUUAUUACAUUACUCCAAGUGAUAUGGAACAGGGAGUUUAGACUAUGUUUGAAUCAGAAAAUCUAACAUUAUUCUUUAAAAGAUGGUACAAAUUAGAAUAUGAUUUCUUGUAAAAGGAGAAAUUCAAUAUUUCUAAAAUCCCAGAUAUUUAUGAUAGUGUCAAAUACGACAUGCUUCACAAUCAGGAUAAAUUAUAGUUUUAUGAAAAUUCAAAAGAGUUCUAUUACUUGGCAGAAUUGCUCAGUCAUUUCAUGGUUCCAUUUGAGUAUGGAAUCACUACCAAACAAAAAUUAACCAUAGCCAAACGUGUAGUCGGUCCUUUAUGCAAUAAAAUCAAAUAGGAUCUCUUAUGGUGGAAUAGAUCGGAAUCAAAAAAUCAGUAAUAGGAGGAGGAUUAUUGGAAGUUCAGAUAAACCGAUGAAAGCGAUUUGAAUAGUCCCUGGAGACAUGUUAGAACGAGAUUAUAUUUUACAUCUGCUUCUCACUUAUAUUCUUUGUUCAACAUCUUAUAUUAUGGAUUAGGACAUUAUUUAAUCGAAGAUGAAUUCAAACAAAAACAAUUGUAACAAAUUUUAAUGCUUUAAUAUCUGUCAAAUAUUGUUAUUAAACUUUAUGAAGAUUUAUCAUCUGAAAAGGAGGAUCCCAAUAGAUUCAGAAUUGAAUUGAGUGUUUCUGAUGGCAUUCAAAUGCAAUUCCCAAUUGACAAAAAUAUGCUACCCAAAAGUGACAACAUUCACAUUAACUAAUCAUUAAGAUUGGAUUAACUAGAAGAAUUCCUUAAUCAAAUAAUUGAUUGUGCUUUUGGUGAUGAUGUUCAAUCUUUAUGA